AUGAAGCUCAGCACCUUGUACGACUCCCGGGUCGGGAAGUACGUGGGCUUUGGAGAAUUUGGCAUGAAAAACGCAAAACAUUACAACACUCAGGAAUGGAAAAUGGCCUUGAUGAAGAGUUCAAUGCCGCCGGUUGUCAGGGUCCAUCACACCGAUCCGGCUGACUACGGGGUGCGGACCAUCCUCCACUGCAGCGUCUUGGGCUUCUACCCUCAGAAAGUGCAGGUGAGCUGGCUGAGGGACGGGGUGGACGUCUCCAGGGACGUAUCGUCCACUGACGUCCUGGCCAACGAGGACUGGAGCUUCCAGGUCCACUCCUACCUGGAGCUGACGCCCAGGAGGGGGGAGAGGGUGAGCUGCAGGGUGGAGCACAGCAGUCUGUCACAGAGCCUAGAGGUGGACUGGGGUCCGUGAACACAUUCAAACACAAGAGGGGGUUUCAUUACUCACUGUUUAAUAAAGUUUAAGGAAGGCCCUAUAGGAGAUAGGACAGAAUCCUCUUCUCCAGAUUCUUUUGGACUUAAGUGCUGGAGAGGAGCCGCAGAUCACUAAGAGAUGCCUUCACAGUCUGGAUCGAAAAGAAAAGACGCCUCCUACUAAACCCCUUGGGAGUCUUUUUUUUUUUUUAAAUCUCCUAAUAUUUAUUAUCUUUAUUGUUUUUACUGGUGUCUCUAUUUUCACAACCCCCCCCCCCCUUGAUGCUGUAAUAUGGCCACUUUCCCCAAAGUAAUUAUAAAGUUGUGAAAGAUUUUCAAAUCAUAUCGUAUCGUAUUUCAUGGUAUCCUUUUUAUUUCUAUAUAUAUUAGAUAUUUUAUUCUACACAUAUUAUCUAUUCUCUCUCUCUCUCUUUAUCUUUAUCGUUCUCUCUCUCUUUCUUUUUAUAUAUUAUUUAAGUAAGUUAUGGUGUAAUUAACUAU